CAACAUGAAAAUUGCAUGAAAUUGACGCAUCACACGAAAAUAAUCGAAGCCUUCUUUACAAUUAUAAUUUUUGUGCGUUAUUUACUUAUUUAUGCACGAUUUGAUUGAUAAGGUAAUGGUAAAAUUGUGCAUACGAAUAAAGUGCAUUUCUAUAAGUUUUCUUAAUUUGGCAAUGCGUAAUUAUUGUCAAAAGUGGGAAAAAUGGCGAGUUCAUCAAGAUAUGAGUCAAAUAAUAUAUGCUGUUAUGCUCAUCCAGAAGCCCCCUUAAUUGAAGAUUAUCGUGCUGGUGAUCAAAUAUGUUCCGAAUGUGGAUUAGUAGUUGGUGACAGAGUUAUAGAUGUUGGAUCUGAGUGGCGAACGUUUAGUAAUGAAAAAUCAGGCGUAGAUCCUUCUCGUGUUGGUGGACCAGAAAAUCCCCUUUUAAAUGGGUCAGAUUUAUCGACAAUGAUUGGUCCUGGUAGAGGAGAUGCAUCUUUUGAUGCUUUAGGGGUGUCUAAAUAUCAAAAUAGGCGAUCGAUGAGUAGUUCAGAUAGAGCGCUGAUAAAUGCAUUUAGAGAGAUAAAUGCAAUGGCUGACAGAAUUAAUUUACCAAAAACCAUUGUAGAUAGAGCAAAUAAUCUUUUUAAACAAGUACAUGAUGGUAAAAAUUUAAAAGGUCGUGCAAAUGACGCUAUUGCCUCCGCUUGUUUGUACAUUGCAUGUCGCCAAGAAGGAGUACCUCGCACAUUUAAAGAAAUUUGUGCUGUUAGUAAAAUAAGCAAAAAAGAAAUUGGACGAUGUUUUAAAUUAAUAUUAAAAGCGUUGGAGACGUCAGUUGAUUUGAUUACAACUGGAGAUUUUAUGUCAAGAUUUUGUUCGAAUUUGGCAUUGCGUAAUGUUGUACAACGUGCCGCAACACAUAUUGCACGCCGUGCUGUUGAAAUGGAUAUUGUACCGGGACGUUCACCCAUAUCUGUGGCAGCAGCAGCUAUUUAUAUGGCAUCACAAGCAUCAGAUGAGAAGCGAAGUCAAAAAGAAAUUGGAGACAUUGCUGGAGUUGCUGAUGUCACAAUUCGACAGUCAUAUAAAUUAAUGUACCCUCAUGCCAACAAAUUGUUUCCAGAAGAUUUUGAAUUUGCUACGCCUAUUGAUAGUUUACCAGUUAUGUAAAUUGAUUUUUAUUUGGGUGAACUAUUUAGUGAUCAAUUGAAUCCUGAAUAAUUAGAUCUACGAUUAAAUAAAAACAUAUUAGAUUUUAUACAGAGCGAUUUAGUAUGAUUCACAGUAUAGAAUUCUUAAAUGUUUCGAUAAAGGUGUUUUUAAAUGAUUUUUAAUUCGAAAAAUGAAUUUUUUUCAAUCGUAUUCAAAAACAUUCACAGAAAUCGUAAUCAACUAUUAUUUUUUAUUUAGCAGAUUCAUUAAAUAUACACUAGAUUGAUGUAAAUCAGGACCAAAAAUCUACUAAAUUUGUCUUAUUUAUGUUCCGAUUAUAGAAUUUGUUAUUAAUAUCACCACAUAAUCGGCUGUAAAGUUAAUAAUUACACUGUGACAUUGAACUUCUUACGAAAAAGAAUAAACGAUUGUUUCCCUUUCCAUUAAGUUAUUAG